GCGUUAAUAAUUAAUACAACUAGGAAGUUAUCUUUACAGUGUAAAAAUAUGACACAUUGUGAUGUGAAUGUUAACAAUUUCUUUUACAUAUAUUUAUUUUCAUAAUGAAAAACAGUUAGUUCAGUGUCUUGUUUGAGAUAAUCUUUAUCCAAGGUGGAACAUUGUGGACUCUAAUCCUGCCAGAUAUCAGCACUGUUCAGAUACCAGUUACAUCGUAGCGCAUACACAACAAGCAGGAGACCAGCCGUAAACUCCUUAACUGUACUAAGGGCAUCAUGUCUAGCGGUCCGAAUCCCACAGGAGAGGAAAGGGGGUCCGGUAAAUGCAAUCGCAUUCAAUCAAAACAAGUAGCAUUUAUUUGUAGUGUAGCAAACGUCAUCCUAACGCUUGCGUUCCUUGUUCUGAUAAUAGCCUUAGCUGUUAAAAGAACAUCUUUAAAACCUCAAGAAAGCUUAGCAUGCAUUUUAUGCGACAAAAUGAAGUCCAGUGUUAACACAAACCUAGGCCCAGAAGCUGCUGGUCGUUCUACUAUCAAACAAAGAGACGAUGGGAUGUGUUGCGGACCUGCUGAUAGUAUUACUCAGAUAUUGGUUCAAAUGGAAAUGGCAGCUCAGUAUCACUACGGCGGUUCAGGUCAAAGUCUCACUGACAUAGCAGAAGAGUAUGCUACCUGUGAACGAAAAACAAACGACAAACAGCCCAUCGCUAAAGCAGUUGGAAUUGUGGAGUUCAAAGCUAGCGACAUUAUAGAUGGUAAUAAAAAAUAA